GAAAGAGGCGUCGCGUACCCGGCCCUCUCAUACACCUGGGGCGGCUCCAUGCACACGCCAACGGCCAGCUUUCCGAGGGUCCUCCUGGAGGUAACGGAGAACUUAUACUCGGCGCUCCAUCAUAUACGGUGCCAUGAUCGCGACGUGACUCUCUGGGUUGAUGUCCUCUGCAUACAUCAGCAACACCCCAAGGAGAAAGGCCACCAGGUCAAACAGAUGGACGAUGUCAACGCAGGGGCUGAAGACGUGCUCAUCUGGUAA